UUCCAGGCAGCUCCUUCCCACCCUGCUGUUCUCUGCUGCCGGUCCACUGUCUCUGGGCAAAGCCCAUCUGGUCCGCUGAGCAGUCCGGAGCUGUUGGAAGUGGUGGAGCCCCCGACCCAGAGCCACACCAUGGUGGAGCCAGGAGAACAACUGCCCCAGGAGGUGCUUGCUCUAAUCUUCCGCCACCUGUCACUCAGGGAUCGUGCUGCUGUCGCUGGGGUCUGCAGGGCCUGGGCAGCUGCUGCCACCAGCAGUGCAGUGUGGCACGACACAAACAUCAGUUGUGACAGUGAAUGGGAAGGCAUACUGCCGCCAUAUCUGUCUGUCUGCCUGGACCACAUUCACAACCUACAGCUGGAAUUUGAGCCGUCGAGGAAGCCGAGUCGCCGGGCAGCCACCGAGCUGCUGAUUGCACUGGCAGACCGUGCCCCAGGUCUUCGAGGUUUGAGCCUGGAGUGCCACGGAGACAAACCGCUCUUUGACGCAGGCCGAGACAUCCUGGAUGCUGUGCAUGUCCUCUGUGGGGCCGCCAGGGAGCUGCGCCACCUUGACCUGCGGCGCUUGCCCUUCACACUGGAUGACACGCUGGUGCUGCAGGUAGCCUGUGGCUGUCCAGAACUCCGCAGCCUUUUCCUAGAUAACCAUACGCUGGUGGACAGCGUGGGGCCAGGCUCAAUACUCAAGCUACUGGCUGCCUGCCCGCGCCUGCGCACCCUUGGCCUGCACUUGGCCAGCUUGUCCCACGCUGUCCUCGAUGCGCUGGCUGAGCCAGAUCGCGCGCCUUUUGCACUCCUGGCCCUGCGGUGCGCGAGCCCUGAAGAUGCACGCGCGUCCCCACUGCCCGAUCAAGCCUGGGCAGCAUUGUACUGCCGCCACCCUGGGCUGACUGUGGAGCUGGAGCUGGAGCCUGCACUGCCAGCUGAAAGCGUGAUGCGAGUCCUGCAACCUGCAGUACCCGUGGCUACACUGCGUCUCAACCUCUCAGGUGACACUAUAGGUCCGUUGCGUUUUGCCGCGUGCCACUACGCCACAACCUUGCGCGCACUUGAGGUGCGCGCCUCCGCCUCAUCAGAGCUGGACACUGCGCUAGAGGAGCUGGCGGCGCGUUGCGCGGGCCUGCGUGAAAUACACUGCUUCUGCGUCGUGAGGACAUCGGUGUUGGACGCCUUCCGCGCGCACUGCCCGCGCCUGCGCAGCUACACGCUCAAACUAAAGCGUGAGCCACAUCCUUGGCGGCCCACGUUCGUGCGGUGAUUGGACAAACCCUCCCUCCCCUCAAACCUGAGGCCUCGGAGACGCUGGAAGGAAUUUCCCAAGCACACUCAAACUGCCAGUUCUUUCCUUGGAAUUCCAUGUCUCUUGUGCCUCUUGGGACCAGUGGCACGGUGUCGGUUCGGUAGAGCACAGGUGCCCUGAGUCCACUCAACUUCUGCAGACGCCAGCUCUGUCCCGGCCGUACUGGGGUCCCCCAGCUCUUCUGCAUGCUCCAUGCCAGCUCUGCGGUCCGGCAUGGGGGAGGGCUGGCACGGGUGUGGGCCCGGCCUUAGGGGUGAGCUUGAAAUAAACAAAUCCUACAGUAUCUCUGCAUCCGGUGAAAGGCG